AUGGGCCACGAGCCCUCAUUCGUCAGCGUCAUCCUCGAGGGGGCGCGGCACCACAACGACGACAUCCGAGAGUGUGCCGUGUGCGCCCUCAAAGGAUUGAUCCAGCAUCCGGAGGACAAAUGUGCACGUGGUCUCCGUGUUGUGGUGUUGCAGCUGCGUGCUGCGACGUCUGCCUUGUUUGCGCCAGCACCGGCGACUGCAGGAGCAUGGUGUGGAAUAUCCCCGCCGAUACUGGGUGCUGGCCAUGGUGGGUAG